AUGGCCAUGAGGAAGGUGGAGGUGAUCUGCCUCGGCCUUCAGUUGGCAAAAAGCCUGAGGCUACGGCUAAAGCUAAGUCUAAACAUCUGGCCGUUGGCGGGAGUCCUUGCCGCGCACGUCGCUCCAGAGCCGCCGCACGCAGUUCCAGUGGUCCACGUCGGUCCAGAGAAAGUUCCUCGACGGAUACAGGCUCUUCAGAGCUAUGGGAACCUGAAGCUGACCCAAACAGCAGUGACUCAUCCCCCGAUUCCCCCAGAGCAACCGGCAGAGCAGUAA